AGAGGAGCGUGGCCAGGGAGGUGGGGGCCAGUGGAUUAGCUGGAAGAUCCUGAGGCAGAGGUGCCCCAGGGAAGGGCCAUGGCUGAUGCCAUCACCUACGCAGACCUGCGCUUUGUGAAGGUGCCCGUAAAGAAAAGCCUGUCUAACCACUUAGGACAGGACUGUGAGUCCUAUGAGGAUGGGGAACUCACCUACGAAAAUGUAUACGUGUCUCCAGGCCCGGGAGGGCCAUCAGGCUUGGCGUCCGCUCCACCAGUGGACCAAGCAGGGGUCAGGCCAGACCAACCAACUUCCUCUUGGAGCUCCUUGAAGCCGGCUGCUGUGGGGUGGAUUCCCGCUUGUCCCACAGUCUGCUUGCAAUACUUCUUGCUUGGUCUUCUCCUGGCCUGUCUGGUGUUAGUGGUGGCUGUCCUCUGCCUGGGAGUUCGCUAUCUGCAGGUGUCACAGCAAUUCCAGGAGGUGACCAGGAUUUUGGAAGCCACCAACAGCAGCUUGCAGCAGCAGCUGAGGGAGAAGACAAGACAGCUGGGGCAGAGGGAGGUGGACCUUCAGGUGUCCCAGAGAGAGCUGACCUUGAGACAGGAAGCUUUACAGGAGAGGCAGAGGACUCAGGAGGCCACUGAGCAGGAGCUACAGGCCUGCCGGUCUGAUGGACAGAAGACCAGGGAGAACUUGGGAAGAGAGGAACAGCAGAGGCGGGACCUGCGCCAGCAGAUGACAAGCUUGCAGGGCACACUGAAGCGAUUCUUCUCCUGUCCAUCAGGCAGCUGCUGUUCUCUGGGACUGAUACAGCAAGAGAAAAGGUGCUUCUACAUCUCACGUACUCCCAGGAGUUGGGAGGAGAGCCAGAAAUACUGCGCAUCUCUGUCCUCAAAACUGGCUGUAUUGAACACAGAUUUUUAUAAGUAUCCUUACCAAGUCGUCCUGCCCAGUGGCUUAGAGGAGUUGCUAAAUGGUUCAAAGUCAUAUUGGAUCCAUCUUGCAGACUCUGACCAGCAAAGGGGGAAGCUAUGGAGUGCAAAUUGUUACAACAUAGAAAAGUAUAACCGAAAAUGGUGGAGAGAAGUAUCAAUGUGCAAGGAGCCUCACCCCUGCAUCUGUGAGCUGGAGGCUUUCAGGUUUCCUGAUGAGCAUCCUCUGAUCUAA